AUGUCCUCGGACUCUGCAAGGACCAUUCGCGCUCCCUUUGAUACAACUCCAGGCACUGUUCGAACACCAUCCUACCCCUUUCCGAGGAUGAACAUGCGCCUGCAACGCGGCUUGAGCUCGAGAUCCGGUCCACAACAUCGACCCUUUACUCUGUUGUCGCCCACGAACGAGCCACCAGAGAUGCAUGGUAUGACUAUGGAAGAACAGGAGGCACAGAACGCUGCAUCGGAGAUGACUACACCCAUAGCUAAAGAUCCUGAUCAUCCUACACCCGAUCUCUACGAUAUCGUCCUCAUGCUAAGCACUGAACCCGGUCUGGAGUCGUGGUGGGCCAACCUUACUGAAAUUCUGGCAGAAGCAUAUGGUGCAGAAAGAGCCUCAUUAGCAUUGCCUGGUGAUAUUACUGAUCUCGAGAAUGUGCCAUGGGGACAGAAAGCAAGUUUCAACAUCUACGGCAGUGACAGUGGUGACUCGGCUGUACCCUCACAACUGGCAUCAGACAUUGAGAGCAUGACCGAAAGAGAAUUUGGCUCGCCAUCAAACAAUUUAGACAGAUACCCGCCUAGGAGACCACCAUUGACCAGUCGCCAUUCGAUCGCAGGUGUACUACCUGAAAGAUCGACUCCGGCUAUUAGGGCAAGACCGAUUGGGCCUGUCAGAGCAAUCAGUACUGUGUCCGGACUUCAACAGUCGCAAGACUUGUCGCCCGUCUCGAUGGUGCCGAGACUUAUUCGACAAUCACCAACGCCAAAUGUCGAGAACUUGACGCAGGAAUCAUUGAAUGUUGGUCAGACCCAGGACCUUGUCAGUCAAGCGACCUCUGCCCCUCGUUGUCAUGUUUUCCGAUCCUUACAGCGUCUGGAGGCUGAGCCGGAACCUCUACUAGUUAGAACAGGUGUCUCUACCCUCUUCGGUAAGCGACAACCAGUGGUGCUCACGCGAGCGUACUCGGAUGACCACACGAGCCACAAUGAUCUACCUGCUUCUUCGCAAAGUAGUUCACAUCCUGCAAGAGAAAGAGAAGCUUCAGUGACAACUGUAAGAACCUUUGAAGAGUACGAACAACCAGAACCAUCGCCCUGGUCACAAAGCCCUGCUCCGUCGCCCGCUGCUCGACCAGAUCCUGCAGAAUCACCUUUCUUUACACAGGCUGCUAGAAUCGAUGAAGAAGCCUUCUCACCGAACCCUCCGAAUUAUGAUUAUGCAGCCUCAGCACAGCAGUUCAUUAACGCCAUCGGCACUGACAACGACAAGACACUCGUGCAUAUCCCACUCAUACAGCCAGUACCCUCGAGAAAAGUCCUCGUUUCUAGUCUGAGAUUUCCGGUCGCCAUCUUGUCGUUCCUGUCACCAAUCACUCCGUAUCCUCGAAAUCUUCGACAUUCUUUGUAUGCAUUGCUUCCUCACUUAGCGAGUACAUUUUCAUUAGCACAGCAGUAUUCGUCUUUGCACGAACGUAUAAGAGGCGGGACACAACGUCAGGGGACCUCUUUUGGGUUAGGAGGAACAUUUUCUGACGAGGGUUCGGAACUAGAGCUUGUCAAUGAGCUGAGUACACAAAUACAGCAUGAAAAGGCGCUUAGCAAAGCCUCAAGUCUUGCUGGUAGUGUCUACAGUCCCAGCGACCGAGCGAGUAUGCCCAGCAGAAGCCACCCUGGGUCAGCUGCGAGCACUCCUCAUCUUGAACAGCUAGGUAUGAAUGAGCUUCCACCAACUCCCAGUAGGACCGGAAAAGAGAUGGUUGAUAGCUAUUUUACAACUAAACGUAAUCGAUCUGGGGUCUUUGGCUCACAACAACCGACCACGCCUGGAGCCAAGAGCUCCAAAGAAUUUUCACCUGAAGGUCAACGAAGGGCUGAAAAGGUACAAAGCUCAACGCAGAAGCAAAAGCCACAAGUGGAUACAGGUAAGGCGAAGUCAGAUGUCCAGUAUGGACAGGGAGUGCAUCGAAGCGCAAGUAUGGCAUCUGAGAGCUCUCUCGAACAGACGCCAAUCAGUGGUAUUGAGCGAAACGAGAUGAAAAGAGCUGCGCAUCGAGAUUCUCUGAAACCAGAAGAAGGCGAACGCAACUUGCCAGAACUCAUCGCUGCGCUCAUGUUGAACGCCGUGCCAUUGCAGCUCUUCUUGGCCAAGCCGACGAGUGGUGACUUGGUUUGGACUAACCGCAAGUUCGACGCUUUCCGAAGUCAAGGAGAAGGUCGAGUCCGUGACCCAUGGAAGAAUGUUCACAGCGAAGACCGACCCGAUCUUGUCAAGUUGUGGCACGAGGCUCUAAAGGGCGGUAACCAAUUUACCCACUACAUUAGGGUCAAACGUUUUAACAGUGAUAGCGACUUUCGAUGGUUCGUGUUUCGCGCAAGCACAAUGCUUUCGAGUAAUGGUCGAUUGUUGUAUUGGGUUGGCUCAUUCCUUGAUGUUCACGAGCAAUAUGUGAAGAACCUUGAAGCUCAAGAAAUGCAGGCUAGCAUGGCGCGUGAUGCCAAGCUUCGAGCUCUCGCCGAUGCGAUACCACAGGUUCUGUUUGAAGCUGUCGAAGGGGAAGGUAUUGUAGCCGUCAAUCAGCAGUGGCACAACUUUUCUGGGCAGACACUUGAGGAGGCUAGAGGCCUCGGAUUUGCAAGACAAGUACAUCGAGAAGAUUUGCAUAAGUGUGGAAUGCUUUCGCCAGCAGAUUUGACACGUGUGAAUAGUGAAUCCAGCGGAAACAGUUCAUCGUCCAACAAAACCGAGAAGCCCGCCAAGACUUCUCGCUCGAUGAGUCUUUUUGCACCGGACGAUAGCGCGUUGGCUACCAUGAUACGGCAGGGGUCAAUGGUGGCAGAGAAGGACGAGAACGGCCGCACAUCCUACACGACUGAGAUUCGUCUCCGCUCGAAGAAAGGUGAGUUUCGAUGGUUUCUUGUUCGACUUGUCAAGGUUCAGAACGAUUUGCUAUCAACUGGUGCCGCCUCAUGGUAUGGCACUUGCACCGAUAUCGAAGUUCGUAUGAAGCUCGAGCGCGAUUUGAACGAAGCCAACACCAAAGUACACCAGGAGAUGGAAUCGAAAACGAAAUUCUUUGCUAACAUGUCACACGAAAUUCGAACACCACUCAACGGCAUCUUGGGUAGUAUGCCGUGGCUUGUCGAAUCACAGCUUGACCACGAUCAAAGACGGACACUGGACACCAUCCAGAACAGCGCAAACAACCUUCGAGAACUGGUAGACAACAUUCUUGAUGUUACAAAGGUCGAGGCAGGAAAGAUGACGCUUGUGCCCAAGUGGUUUAAUGUGCGAAACUUGUGUGAAGAAGUCGUUGAUACUGUCUCUUCAAGAGCUAUAGAGCGAGGGCUUGAGCUGAACUAUACUCUGGACACAGAUGUCCCUACCACGGUCAGGGGUGAUCCUUUCCGUGUCAGACAAGUGCUGCUCAACCUCAUGGGCAAUUCUGUCAAGUUUACCGAACAAGGCGAGGUAUAUUUGAGAUGCUGUAUCAAGCCCACUUCUCAAGGAGAAAUUCCCGAAAACAAUGCUCACCUCCUAUUUGAGGUUAUUGAUACAGGAAGAGGCUUCAACGAGAGUGGAUUUAAGAGAUUAUUCAAGCAGUUCGGACAAAUUGAGGGGGCCAGUCAGCAUGAUCCUGGUUCAGGACUCGGACUGUUCCUCUCCAAACAGCUGGUUGAAAUGCACGGUGGAGCACUAUCUGUAGCCAGCAAAGUGGGCGAAGGGUCGAUGUUCUCGUUUUACAUUCGAGUGGAGACCUCACAACCAGGUCAGCCGACCAACUCGCCAGAACACCCUGCGCGUCCUGGCCAUCGACACAGCGUCUCUUUUGGCACAAGCCCAUCCAGGUCGGGAGCUGGCACGCCCACCAUACCGUCAUCAGCCAAAACCGUGGUUCAUACACCUGGUCUAUCGAAAUAUGCUUCUCCACAAACAGAGUCACCCAUGGCAAUUUCGCCAGCAAUGCUGUCUCCUGCAGGUGACGGAACAGGCAGUGUAGUCUCGUUUCGAUCAAACUCAGCAAAUGUUGUUACGCCACCUUCUGCAUCGUCCAACUUACCUACACCAGAAUCGAUCCUUAGUCCAGCUAAAUUCAUGGCGGUCAACAUUUUCGAUCAGCCAAUACCAAACCAGACUCGGAAAGUGUCGAUACCUUCAUUGCAACGAGCACAGUCUGAUAAUGUUGGAUCCAAGUUGCUACCUGAGGUGGCGCACCCUCAAACAUAUUCGAUCGUGGUUAUCUGCCCAGCUGAUUACGCAAGGAAAGCUAUUAAGGAGCAUAUCGAGCAUGUUGUACCACAUCAGAUUCCCGUCAAUGUCACUGCUUUGCCGAGCAUAAACGCCUUCCUAGACAUGCGACAUGGCGCCAGUCCGCCAACAUUCACACACAUCGUGCUUGAUACACCUGCGACAUCGGACAUCAUGCUGUUCAUGAGGCAGAUUGCCACGUUCAACAGUAUCGUGGUACCUACACUCGUAAUUGUGACUGAUCAUUACCAAAAACGCGACAUCGCCGAGGAUUUUAUGACGCUCACUUCUAAUGGUCGAAAAGCGUUCCUAAUUCACAAACCUGUCAAACCAUCAGUGUUUGCGAUGAUCUUUGACCCGGCGCAACUGAGGAAUCUCAGCAAAGAUCGAGCUCGAGAAGUUGUACAGAAUAGUACUGAUGACUUCAAGAAGAUUGCCAAUCAAGUCAAGGAAACGGUGGGCAAUCGAGAUUUUCGUCUACUUCUUGUGGAAGAUUCCGACACAAACCGUAUGGUCAUACAACGUUAUUUGAAACGGGUAGGUCUUGCAUCAGAUGAAGCUCGGGAUGGACAGGAAUGUAUCGACAAAGUCCUUAGCAAACCACAUGGGUACUACGAUCUCAUCAUCUGUGAUAUUCAGAUGCCCAGGAAAAACGGGUACGAAGCUUGUGUCGAGGUACGACAAUGGGAACGCGAGAACGCAUAUCCCAACUUGCCUAUCAUGGCACUGACAGCGAACGCGAUGCCAGAGGAAAGAGCUGCUGCGGGGACUGCUGGCUUCACAGACUAUCUGACCAAACCGGUUGACUUCAAUCGAUUAGGACGAUUAAUGAUGACACUUUUGGAACCGAAAACGAGUCAGUCUGUUGCAUGA